CCAGCCAAAACCUUUUUAUAUGAAGGAAGCAAAGGAAUACUUGUUCUCUGCGUCACAAUUCUAUUCUCUUUGUUUGAUUUUCGGCUUUUCGAUCAAUUCUAAAGAAACCUUAAUAAAAAAAUGGCAACAAUAGACGAAAGUCCCUCUGCUAAACGCUGGCUUCCUCUUGAAGCUAAUCCAGAUGUUAUGAACCAGUUUCUUUGGGGAUUAGGUGUGGUCGAGAGUGAAGCAGAGUGUUAUGAUGUUUAUGGUUUAGAUGAGGAACUUUUGGAAAUGGUUCCAAAGCCUGUCCUUGCUGUGCUUUUUCUCUAUCCGAUUACUCCUCAGAGUGAAGAGGAAAGAUUGCAGCAGGAAGGUGUGAAACAAGAACCUAGCAAUAAAGUUUAUUUCAUGAAACAAACUGUGGGUAAUGCCUGUGGCACAAUAGGGCUUCUUCAUGCUGUUGGGAACAUCACUUCUGAGAUUAAUCUUGUCGAGGAAUCAUUCUUGGAUAGGUUUUUCAAAUCCACUGCAAGAAUGGAUCCAAUGGAGCGUGCUACAUUUCUUGAGAAUGACAGAGAGAUGGAAGUUGCUCAUUCUGUGGCAGCCACAGGUGGUGAUACAGAGGCUUCAGACAACGUGGACACUCAUUUUAUCUGUUUCACAUGUGUGGAAGGGAAACUUUUUGAACUUGAUGGAAGAAAGUCAGGACCAAUAUCGCAUGGUGCAUCCUCACAAGGCAGCUUAUUGCAGGAUGCAGCCAAAGUCAUAAGGGACAUGAUCCAGAAGAAUCCGGAUUCCCUCAACUUUAAUGUUAUUGCCAUUUCAAAGAAAGCUGAGGGUGCAUUUUAAGGUAAGACCAGGCUGAGCCAAAGGAGCACCUUUUCUUACUUUGAUGAGAGCUAACGAGUUCCCCUUUUCUAAUCUUCCAUUAGCAAGAGGUAUCCUUUUCUUCCAACAAAUUGAGCUACCAUAAAUGGCAGCGGCACACAUACAAUCUUGCAAGCAGGAAGUCUUGCACUCCUCUACACUGUAGGGGCUCAGUCUUUCAUAAUCUCCUAAAGGCCAAUUCACAUAUUGGAGCUCCCGGAAUUCAUAUAAAUCUUCCAUAUUCUCUGAUGCAUCAGCAACUCCACAACCUAGAGGAAAAUCUGGCUUGCAGCCCCCAAACAGAUUAUUUUGAUCAAUGAAUGAAUAUCCAAGUGGGCAUGUGCAAUUAGGUCUUCCAUUUACUUCCGUGCAGAUGCUAUUGUAACCACAGGCACCACUACCUAUCCCGUUGAAAAUGGCAGAGCAAAUAUCUUGCGGUAUGUAUUGCACAAUUGACCAGCUGCGAUCACUGCCGGAGCCCUUAGGACACACAUACUGCGUGAGAACUCCAUUAUAAUCAAGUGUUGCUCGAUAGUAGUUUCCUGCCAAACUAGGUGCUGUGUCCUGCUGCUGCCAUGGGAGUCGAACGGUAACUCCAUCUGUCUUCACCAUGUAGAUAUCUGAUUGAUUGAAGACAAGUUGAUAACCGGAUACAGAAGAAUCGGAAGAAGAAGUUCCACUACUAAAAUAUGCACCGUAUUGCACUUUAGUUGGCCAUCCAACUGGACUGAGUUGCAGGUCACCAUUCAAGAAGUACAGCUGAAACCGUCCUCUCGAAUAAUUGGUUUCUGCGAGCCUAGAAAAGAGAAAGGUGCCUGGUUCCAGGGCUUGAGAAGGCAGGAUGGUGUCUGUGGGAUUCUUAAAGCUCUCCCACAGGUAAUCAGAAUUGUUAUCAACGAGAACAAAGUUUCCUGUGUCAAGCAUAGCAGCAUAGGAAACAGUUGCAGUUUGUUGUUCCCAUAUUAGCUGACCUCCAGGAUCAGUAAGUAGAAGGCCAUUUACAGAAACCUCCAGCUUCGAUCCCUGUUGCGCUGGUUUAUCUCCAUUCGCAUCCCAAACAAUUGUUUUAUCAGGAAUUUUGUCAAACCAGAUAGCAAGCAAGAAAAGGUUUGUAUUGACAAGUUUGUGGAAACCAAAAGCAAAGUCUCCAGAAGGUGAAGUCCAUGAAGGGCUGUUGUUAUUUGCAACUAACGAGGAGCUCAAGGUGAUGUUCUGCUGGGCAGAAAGUGGUGGUAAGAGAAAGAGAAUGAGAACGAUGAGUUUGGAAACAACCAUGGAUUUGCAAAACGAAGAGCUUGAAGAUACAGAGGAUCAAGUCUUCUAUGAAGUCAAUAAGCUUGAAAGAGCUCUUUCCUCUCUUUUUAUUAUUAUUAUUAUUUUUUAAAUUUUCCUUUCUUUAUUUGGGUCAAAAGACUUAAAGUCAAUUUCUAACCUAAUUUUUCCUUUCAUCGUCAGCAUUUAACACCCAUUGAAUAUGAUCUACAUAAUUUUAACAU